AUGGGGAGUACGGCGGCGGCGGAGAAGACCGAACAAGAGCUACGCCGCGAGAUCGACGAGCUUCUUCGCCAACAGCGCGAGAUAACCGAGAGGCUUCGAGAUCCUCGUGGCCUUCGCAAGGGUGCCUUACCAGCUCCUGUUUUACGCAACAAUGCUAUUCGUCAACAUUCCUUUCUUCGUCCUGGCGUAGAUAAUAAUGAUUCUGAAGAUCAACCUCCUACUAAACGUAGACUUUCAUCUGCUAUUGUUAAGCUUGAGGAAGGGGAGUUGGUUGAAGAUGUUGAUGCUGUGAACACAAAGGAUUCAACCUACAAAAGUGAAAAUGGGAAUGCUACCGCUGGUCAGAAUGAUGUGAACCGUUUUAAUUCUCACCAAAGUGGAUUGUCUAGAAGAGAUGGCUAUCAGAGAAAUUCAAAGGCUUUUGAUAUUCCUACUUCAGAACAUGUUCCGAGGGUGUUGCCUAAGAAUGAAGACCCAAGCUUGGUUAAUAGGAACAAAAGAAUGCUGGGUCAGCUUUUGGGAACUCUGGAGAAAUUCAGAAAAGAAGACAAGCAGCUCUCAGGAACUGAGGCAUAUAUGAGAAGAUCUAAUUCGUUGCAAAGAGCUGAGCAAAGAGCACGGGAAGAAAGUGAAAGGCUUAGGAAAGAAGAGCGUGAACAGAUUGCUGAAAAACGGAGGCGGGACUUGACACUUAGGGCACGUGUGGCUGCUAAGACAGAAGAAAAGAAAUUGGAGUUACUCUUUCUUCGGUGGAGUGAGCAUCAUAAAAGACUAAGCAAUUUUAUAAGGACUAAAGCAGAGCCUCCAAUCUACUAUAUGCCUAACAUGCCGUUGGAUGAAGAUGCUACAUCAGCUGAGAAACGCAUAGAUGAGGAUUUCCUUGAAUGGAAGAAUGCAAGAAGAGAGGAAUUGUCUGAGUAUCAAAAACAAAUUGGGGACCAGUAUCUUGCCAAUGUUGAGAAGGACUUGGAGAGAUGGCAGAAUGCCAGAAAUGCAAGGAAAGUAAACAGUAAUGACCAGAAUUUACAAGAAACUAUGAACAAAGGAAUUGAAAAUGGUGAGUAUCUGUGUGUGGAAAGUGAUUUGGAAGGAAAGAAGAUUAGUAAUGUUAGUAAAGGCGAAAGUUUUUCAAUUUCGAAGAUUUGGUUGUGGCCAAGGAAGGGAAAAUUUUCUUCAAGUUCUUUAGAAGCACAUAAUGGAAUGGCAUUACCAUCUUAUCUAUUCCGCGAUUUCCAGCACCAUCAAUUUCUAGUUUCGGCUUUUCGGUAUGUUUCGAUCUCUUUGCUAAUUGUGUUUGUUCAAGUUAAAUGA